AAAACUAUUUGCAUGAGACAAUCUAUUCAUCUUUGAUGGGCAUUUUGGUUCCACAUAACGACAUUGUGUUACAAAAAUAAGAGGUUCGUUACAGGGUGACGAUAAGAUACUGAGUACCGUAAAGUAGCGUGAUAACUUCUGUGGUGAAGAAAUUUAAAAUCUCGAGGUCAUCUCCGGCCCAUCGUAUCCGUGCUUUUGAUUGAAUCUCCCUUUCAAUUCCAAGGGUUUUCUGACUUCAUCUAACAUCCCAUUCAAUUUUAGCAAAAAUGAGAGCUGUAAUCGAUAAAUGAUUAACGCUGAAUAUCCACUUAUUAGUUAUUUGACCACAAACAUUGGUACAAGGAGGCAUCAAAUAUAUAUGCGCCAUACAAUUCCAAUAGUUUGUGUGAGGGCUGGGACAGUUCCUGGGCGUCCAAACUGAAGCAAGUGGUUCAGUUAAGGGGCCGCACUCUUGUCUAAUCUUUUGCCAUGCCACCAUGUGGCAAUUUUCAGCUAUUCAAGUCGUUAAACAUUUUUGGUUCUAAUUUACUGUCAUUACGAGUAGCCUUAUUAUUAAAUCCUCCGUAUUCUUAUACCCUCUUCAUAUUUUUUACCAUUUAGUGUUGUUGCUACCAUCAUUAUGACAACUUUAUAGCUGUCUUUUGAUAAUGUUCAUUACCUUCGUCAUCCUGUGUAUAAUAAUCUUGACAAUCUACAUGUUUCUCGUACUCAAAUACCUCACAUUCUCUCGAAAAUCACAUUUGUUUACAAAUCGAAUUUGUGUGAAUACGGACAUUAUUUGGGAUUACUUUAAACUGAAGAUAAAACUGACACAUCUCACUACAUGGUAAAGUACUCAACUAUACAAAUCACUGCAGUUAAGGAAGAGUUCACACUCACCAAACUAAAUGAAUACAGUUUGUCGCACGGUGUUUGUUGCUUUUCCCUUCCAAAGAUUAUUGGCCUUUUUAGGUUGGGGCCGGCUAAGCUAGAGGAAAAGGUUAACACUGUCUUACAUUAUGCAAUUUUCAAAAUUUACACUAUUUUUCAGGUUUUCUAGACUAACUAGCUAAUCUAAAAGCAUUAAUAUUGAUAUGGUCUUGAGCUUAUAAUUAACUUCGGUCGUACGAUUGUCUUGUUUUAUAUUUAAAAAAAUAGGCAAACGUAUGCACAAAGGUAGAACCCGAAAGUUUACUGCCCCGGAAGAAAUUGAUCGUCAACUUGGAUUAUCUAAAGAAGCUGAAUCAUCUCUCCAUAAAACAAUUCAUGACAAGAAUAUUGACGAUACUGAAACGGAUGAUGAUGAUGAGGAGGAGGAGGAGGAUGAAGAUGAUGACGAUGAGCAAGACACAACUGAACGUCAUAAGGGUGUUAGUCAUUUGAUUGAAGUUUGCAAUCCUAAUCAUGUAAAAUCUUCCAAAACAGUUGUUCCUUCACGAAAAGAAGUUGCCGCAUCUAUUAAAGCUACAACUGAUCCAAUAAAAUUAUUAUCGGAAACUGAAUUAGCAGCUAACAUAGCACGCCUUCAAUUAGUUAGGAAAGAACGUGAAUUAGCAGCUCAAAAACUUGAACAAGAAAAACAAGCCCGUGAAGCACAGCGUGCAGCAAUCGCUGCAGCCAAACGUACAUCUCAGACAAAACCACAACAGAAAAGUGGUCGUAGUGGUAAACAACAUACUAAAAGUAACAAAGAACAUCAAAUAGUCAAUCAAAGAAACAAUACAAACUCAUCAGUACUCACCGAUGAUAACUGAUCGAUUAAUUGGUUGGUCAAUGAUUAUAUUGUUCCUAAGUCUAUGCUUGUCUGAUGACUCAAAUAUAAAGAUGAGGAAUAACAACUAUGUUGCAAAGUUGACACACAUAUUCACCUUUUCGUUUGAUAAAAAAAAUACUCAAACAAAUCCAACUAUUCUUAUUCUUUUCGAUACAUGCCAUAAAACUGUUUUAGAUUACGUUCUCUGUUAUUUGACUUUCUGUAUUAAUAACAUGAAAAGUUAAUUCAUAAAUUGUAUACUUUUUAUCCAACAUGCUCUUUUAUACAUUUUAAUAACUAGAUAAAACAUUUAUAUAUAUACAGCUGUAUUCCUGUAUGGUUGUAUUAAGCUUGAUAAUACCUUCAAUGAGCUUUUGGAGUAUAGUGCAAUCACUAAGUAAAGAAUUUCAAGGUUUAGCACAGUAUAGCGAAUACAAAAUGAUAAGUGGUUUUCAUGAAAUUAUGAAUGGUUGGGACGUGCCACAUGUAUCUGAUUCUAUAGCCUACCUUAAUAUACUAUGCUGGCAAGUGUAGAAUUAACUUAGGGAAGACCAGAAAUGGUUAAAUGAAGAAUGGAUCAGUCUAUGAAUUUACUGACUGUUUUUGUCUCAUUUGUGUUGGUCGAUUUAAAGAUCCUAACGAGGAUGCGUGAGAUAAAAAGGAUCUUGGACUUAGAUUUUCCGUCAGUGAAAGAAUGAACUGUUUCAUUAGGCAAGAAGUGUAUUAUACUUAGAA